GACCCCGUUUUCGUUUACCUACGACAUAUCGUCUCUGUAGGGUUUCACUGUAACAAAAAUGCUUUCAGUCUUCAUUUUCCAGUCGACUGCCCCUUCCAUUUUCCUCUCAAGCUUCGGCGAUCUCAGACAUUUUCCGACAUUCCACUUCAUCGGUCAGGUAAAAGCCCUAAAACACUGCCACCGGCCGGACAAGAACAGUGAACACCGCCAUAGAAAACGAUUUCCGGUGAUAUACCUAUCUUCACCACCGAUUUUAAGGACUCAUGUUAUCAUAAUUUGUUUCCUGAAGAACUUACAAGGGUCGAUGAGUACAACUUUGAUCAUCCUGUUACUCUCAGUUGUGGAGAUGUUGAAGCAGUGGAAAGCAGUGGAUAUUCCAAAAUAUGAUUUCAAAAGUUACACGAACAACAUCUCUCGAAGGGUGAAUCCUUUAGAUGUGAUAAUUUUGGAAGGCAUACUGAUUUUUCAUGAUCCCCAUGUACGUGAUUUGAUGAACAUGAAGAUCUUUGUUCAUACAGAUGUACGACUGGCAUGGAGAAUUAGGCGUAACACAAGUGAAAAGGGAAGAGAUAUUGAUACGUGGCAUGCAUACAUUGAUAUGUGAUGCUGAAACAACAAAACAUGGUUUUUUUUUUGUUUUAUACAGAUCGUUUGAUCCGUUUGGUGAGUUGUAUUUUUCAGGGAUAGAAAUGUCAUUUUGUGUUUUAUCAUUAAGAUGAUGAUUUGUGUAAAAAAAAUGUUGUACACAAAUGUAGAUUUUUGUAAGAGAUUGUGGUAUUUCUGUUAUUAGAAGGUAUUUAUCUUCAAAACCAUAAUCAUUUCAGAUCAUAUUGUAUUUAUCUUAUCUCAAUUUGGAAGUGUUUUUGGAUUUUAAUG